CUCAGGUUCGACAAAUAUGGAGCUACGUAUUUCGUACACCAUCACCAACAUAAAAAAAAAUUCGCAGCUCGUGCAUGCUAAAGCUGCGGGUGUAGCUUUUGCUUUUGGUCCUCCUCGUGGUGCAUGUAUCUAUAAUCAUGAUCUAGGCGAUCAUUAUUUCGCUCUCCCUGAACAGUGACUCCCAUUUCUCGAAGGUUGAGCACCCUAUCUUUGUCCCCCGUUACUUUAACUUUCGUAAGAUCUCUGAAUAAAAUAUAUCAAUAUCUCGUUUGCCUUUGCCUUUGCCACCUCUGAGGUGAGUAGCUAGAAGUCACAGUUCGUUUUUUAUUUUCGUCUACAAAGCCCUAGCCCACCUGCUUAUGCUUCUGACGUUGCACUCUUCCCAAGCUUGAUUCUCACACAGAUACUCAGUUCGAUUUCUGGUUCUGUUGCCUGCGAUACGCAAACACAUGCACUUCUAUUGUUGAAAAGAUGAGCUGCUACAUGUUGAAGUUUCUUUGCGGUUUGGAAUGAGUGGCUCCGGUCAAAAUCGAUAAUUGACCAAGAAACUGACUUUUUGUUGCGAUUAGAUUGCGACGACAACGACGCAGCUGGCGUGCUACAACGAACUACAACGGAGAAGAUCCUUCAUUACGGCCCGGUGGAAACGUCAAUAACGCGACCUCAGAGACGCGAGCCUCGCUGAAGUCUCAUCAGUGCAGCUAUCAAGCACAUCAUUUACUGUGCGAACGGUUUGAAUUCCAUCUUCUUUCCGUUCCCGAACGACGAUCGGAUCGAUGAGGGUGCUUUCGCUACUUUUUUUCCUGCGCCUCUGCGCUGUAGUGAGCUCGGCUCUGGCGACUGACCUUUCCAAUCCGGUGAUGGAGAUCCAGAGCGGCAACUUUGACUCGCACAUGAAGAGCGGGUAUCGCUACUUUAUCAAAUUUUUCGCCCCCUGGUGCACCUACUGCAAAAGACUAAAAUCCACCUGGGAGACUCUGGCGACCACGGUGGGCGGGAACGACGCCUUGGAAACCAGGAUUGCAGAAGUCGACUGCACAAAGUACGCCGACAUAUGUACGAAAGUGGGUGUCAAGGUAAGUACUUGUUGACCUAAGUACAUCAGAGUGUUUAUUGUCGUGUUUUUGUUCUGCCGAAUACGCUUGUACUAGCGGAAACAUGAAAAUCAAAGUCAGUAAAAAUUGCAGAUGCAAAUACAAGUCCCGCCGGGGUAGUUACUUUGAGUAGAGCGGGGUCACAAAUUCAAUCCUUAGGUCCGCACCGGACUUACGGACCACCCGGCCGGGUGGUCCUUAGGUCCGGUGCCCCAAAAGUUACUUUACGUAACUCGAUCAGCUGCAGCAGCUGUGUCCCACUCUGACGGCAGAAUUUUAAUUUUUAGACGAUGCUCUGCAUGUUAUUCAUUUUCUGCAUGAAGGGGCGGCUCUAUGCCAUAGGCUGUUCUGACGCAGCGCAGGAAGUUUCUUUAUAUGCACUAGGAAGGAGCUCCUAUUUGAUUUUGAUUUUUGAAGCUAUUUCGAAGGCUUCGCUUUUGAUUUUGCGUUGCAGUUUAUGCAUUUACAGGGGUGGGGCCGCCUCUUCGUUCGCGACACGGUGAUGACGAUGACGACCUCGACAUGUUGGUUGGUGCGGUUUUUGCAAGCGGUUUUUGCAAGCGGUUCGGAUGUUGCGACUUUGCAACUUUGCGUUGCGACUUGCCCAGACUCGCAACCCGGCGCGCAGGCGGCAGUUGCGAAGCAUCCCACCGAGUUACGUAAAGUAACUUUUGGGGCACCGGACCUAAGGACCACCCGGCCGGGUGGUCCGUAAGUCCGGUGCGGACCUAAGGAUUGAAUUUGUGACCCCGCUCGCUAUUUCUACCUUGAUUUCUUCGCUUUACAACUUUUCCAAAACACUUUACCAGGGGUAUCCUACAUUGAUGUACGCCGAUGGAAAAUCCAGUGAAUUGUACAAGUAUUCGGGAGGGAUGACGCUGGAAACGUUUACGGAAAUGAUCGAGCAGCAGUUGGAAUCAAAUUCCGUCACAUCCGGCGACAACUUUACCCUGACGAAGCAAGGCAGCAGCAGCGCGCAGCCUCGGGGUCGGUCCUCCUCGAAGGCAAAAACUACAACAAGCUCAUCCUCCUCGAGUGGCAGGUCAGAUCGGGACAGUGGCACUGCUGGAAAAAAUGCAGCCGCUGGUGGCCGAAAAACGAAAAGCAACGACGAUCCGAUAUCACUGGACGACCUGGCGGAGGCAGUCGGCAUCUUUGGUGAGAGCUUCAUUGGCUUCAUCACGGACGUGGAAAGUCUGUGGAUGAACCGCGUCGUUGUGCCCAUCCGGGAGAGCGAAAUGAUGUAAGCUUGUACUCGACUUGUAUUUUCGUUGUUGGAACUACGUAGCAGUCGGGAAUAUGCAAUUUUGGUGUACAACUGGACCACAAACAGUGAAACACAAACCAUAAUUAACACCUACGGCGCACCACACUGUAAUUGAUAAAACAGCAGGAACUUCAUCGCGGGAAACAUCGAGCUCGACGACGAGGCCCAUUGGAAGAUGAUCCAGAAGCUCUACCUCGGCGGGUUCGUCACCAUUGCUGUGGUACUGGGGAGCUUGUUCUAUUUCCUACCGAAGUGCUUUGCUGUGUGAUCAUCCGACGGGACGAACGAAAAAACAACGAUAAUCAGCGGACCUGUCGACCUCACUCGGUAGUACGUCCUCCUUUCCAAAGUCACACUUUGAGUCUGCUUACUCAGAAGCGCUACCGUAAAAAGUGCUGCAGUCCCCCCCCAGAUGAUGUUGACCUCACAAGAACCACCUCAAGCUCCUCCUUGUAGUAAAUGGCCCCCGACCACCAGCACCAGCAUGUUGUCUGCUUGCAACACGCAAAAGUAAAAGCAUAAAGUUAAAGCUAGUAAAUCGGCUUCGGCUGCAUGUAGCGCAUACGAAAACGACA